AUGCCUCAUGUAUUAGAAGAUUUAAGGAGAAUUUUCCCAAAAAAGUCAUUUCUACUCUAGACCUAUAUGUUAGGUUGUUUCUAUUUGAUAAAUUAAUAAUUAAACUUUGAUGAAAAGAAGAAAGAGAAGUAGAUUAUGCCAAUAUGGAGAUUAAAAUUGAUUGAAAAUCAACACAAAAGACAUUUAAGAUAAUUUUAAUUGAAAAUCUUAAUUGAUCAACAAAUACCACCAAAACCUCAACACAAAAUGUCAUAUGGUUUGAUGGAAUUUAGUAAUAGAUUGUCAUUUAUAUUUUAGGAACAUCUUAAUUUGUUGAGUUUCCAAACUUGAAUAAACUUGACUCAACCUCAUAAGUGGUAUUAUUUAUGUAAUUUUUUAGCAUACUUUACAAAUAGACUCAAAGCAAAUUCAGAAUUUUAGUUUAGAUGACUUAUCAACAAUAGAAAGUGAAUUUAUUCCAGAUAUAAAGACAGAUUUGCAAAUACAGAAAUCUGUGGAUAUGACAUAAAGUUGCAUCUUUUGA